AUGUAUCCACCCGAUGAUAGGAAGCUAAGAAGGGCUGCAUCGAAAGGAGCGAUCAAAGAUUGGCUGAACUUCAGGAAAAAUAUUACGGCAUAUUCGAAGGCAUGCGGGAGUCCAGGAGACAGGUUCAAGAGAAUCUCAUAUAACGUAUUUGAGGAAGAGGAAGAGGAGAUCGAGAUGGAAAUAAAGUGGCCUUUGUUCGUUGCAUUCGUUUUGUGUGAACAAUAAGAUGUAGUCCUGCUGUCUUCUUGCGAAAGAAGCUUGGAAAGAUAGGGUUAUCAUUGCGCAGUGCUAGUAUCUUUGAUGAUCACUUUUUUUGGCUUGCGAGGAGGACUCAGAGGACUGUGCAUCUCUGAAAUAAAGCACAUGAAGAGAAGAUAAUGUUUUAUAUAUCAAGAAUCUCCAAUAUGUAUGCUAGAGUUUGUCAGUGUAAUAGAUCCGACGUUAAAUUAGUUGUAG